AUGGCUAGUGAUCCGGCGACAUGGAAGCACGUCGACGCUGGAAUGCGCGGCGAUGGAAUGUCGCCCUAUUGUCCACGCUACCGGUUGCGGGGGGGCACAGGCAAACAACCCCAGAGAUCAGCUACCAGGAGCCCUGUUUGGCCCAUCAGGGGGUUAGCUGCAGGAGUCGAAACAAUUGCAGAGGGCGCCGGAUCAUUCGUUCGCCCCCCCUUCCGCCCCCCUCACCCCCCUGAUCCCCUGAACAUGAAGAAGCAGCCAGCCAUCGUUUCGUUUGGCUGGAGGAGAAGCUACAAGACGCCUGACGAGCGACAGCAAGCGCUGCAACCCAUGGCCAAUGCCUGGGCUGGACUCCGUGCCACAAUAGGCCAUGUGGAAUGUCAACCGAUGGCAAGGGGACGGGUCAACAUGUGGGAAGGGUGCUGGUUUCAGUGGGCGCUGCCUGUUCGCUGA